UACGUAAGGAUCAUAUAAUUUAUCAUUUUAUUAACUACAUUUCCAAUGGCCAACAUAGUAGUUUGCCUUUUUUCAAUAAUAAUCUUCCUUUGCACUACAGCAGCACAAGGGAGACAAAAUUUUCACCCUAACAAUGAAUGGCCAACAUCCUCUUUAGUUACUAACCAAGAUGGUGGUAUUUGCCAAACAAUAGUAGAGACACAAGGUUACACAUGUGAAGAACAUCAGGUUACAACAGAUGAUGGCUACAUCUUGAGCUUGCAGAGGUUGCCGGCCAGCCGGUCCGGUAAGAAAGCCGACAAGCCGCCGGUGCUAUUGCAACAUGGUCUUUUUUGUGAUGCCUUUACAUGGCUAGUCAAUUCUCCAAAUGGAUCAUUGGGAUUUAUCUUAGCAGACGAUGGAUAUGAUGUGUGGCUUGCUAACACUCGUGGGACAAAAUAUAGUCGCGGGCACAAAUCGCUUCUUCCUAGUGACAAGGAUUAUUGGAAUUGGUCAUGGGAUGAGUUAUCUAGUUACGAUCUUCCUGCUUUUGUCAACUAUGUGUACAGCCAAACCGGUCAGAGAAUGCACUAUACAGGUCAUUCCUUGGGAACCUUAAUGGCUUUGACUGCUUUCUCACAAGGGAAAUUGAUGGACAUGUUGAGAUCAGCUGCAUUACUUUCUCCAAUUGCUCAUAUGCAUCAAAUUGCAUCUCCAAUAGCAACACUUGCUGCCGACACAUUUUUAACUGAUCAACUAUACUGGUUAGGACUCCGUGAAUUCAUUCCAAACGGGGAUGCUGUUAGCAAAUUUGUGGAAGGAUUGUGCAGUAAAAUAAACUUGAAAUGCUCAGACCUAUUGUCACUUUUCACAGGUCCAAAUUGCUGCUUUACUUCCUCCAAAUUAAAUGCCUUUCUUGAUCAUGGAUUGCAGUCAACAGCAACUAUGAACUUGAUUCACCUAUGUCAAAUGAUCAGAACAGGAAGUAUAGCAAAGUAUGAUUAUGGUGAUCCAGAACAGAAUAUGUUGCACUAUAGACAACUGUUUCCUCCUUCUUAUGUCAUGACAGCAAUUCCAAAUGAAUUCCCUCUUUUUCUCAGCUAUGGAGGUUUAGACACACUAUCUGAUGUAAAGAAUGUGCUGCUUUUGCUCAGUGACCUCAAAGAUCAUGAUAGAAACAACCUUGUGGUAUUAUUCAAAGACGAUUAUGCUCACGUUGAUUUUUUCAUGGGAGCCAAUGUCAAACAAGUUAUUUAUGAUCCUAUGGUAGAUUUCUUCAAGGCUAAUUGAUUUCACAACUAUUAUUCAUUGCACUUCAUAUAAUGUUAUUUUUGUUUAUUCAUUAGGUUAGUACAUUAAAAUAUGUUACAUUUUUCUCUUGAUCAAUGACUACUAUGUUCUGUUUCUCAGCAAUAACAAAGUAUAUUCUAUUCUAAUUGAAC